UACUCUCUCUCCUAUAAUUCUGAGUUGGGGUUGUAAAGAGAGAAGGGUUACCCCAAUCAAUCAAAAAGCUCAAAACACACAGGAAGACACAAAAAGGCAACAUGGGCAGGGCUCCUUGCUGUGACAAAGCGAACGUGAAGAAAGGUCCAUGGUCGCCAGAAGAAGAUGCCAAGCUCAAGUCCUACAUAGAUGACCAUGGCACCGGGGGCAACUGGAUUGCUUUGCCACAAAAGAUUGGACUGAAGCGUUGUGGCAAGAGUUGCCGUCUCAGGUGGCUAAACUAUCUACGCCCUAAUCUCAAGCAUGGUGGUUUCUCCGAGGAAGAAGACAACAUCAUUUGUAGCCUUUACAUUAGUAUUGGAAGCAGGUGGUCGGUGAUUGCAGCUCAACUGCCCGGAAGAACCGAUAAUGACAUAAAGAACUACUGGAACACAAGGCUCAAAAAGAAGCUUUUUGGGAAGCACCGUAACAAAGAAGCACGAAAUAGAGGCAACGGUGGUGUUAAGCAAGAAAGCAAUAAUAGAGAGAGUGUUGAAUAUCCCUUAUCCUUGGUUCAUGAAAAUAGUACUACUCAUCAACAACCAUAUUUGCCACACAUCCCUGUGCUAUCACCACCGCCACCUUUGCAAUACACAAACCAAGGCGCUAGUUUCAAGGACCAAGAUUCUAUUAGAAAAUUGCUCAUCAAACUUGGAGGGAGAUUUUCCAAUGAGUAUCAUCAUCCUACCUUUGAUGGGUCACAACAAGAUUUUCAAGAAAAAGUUCAUGUGGGCUCUUCUUCUUGCAUUAACAACAAUGAAGUAGUACAAUUUGGUCAGUACUCUCCACAGGUUGGUGUUGGAGUACUUGACAUGGUGCAAAGAGAAGGGAGUUUCCCACCAACAAUCGAAGCAAUGGUAUCUACUAAUUCUCCACAAAGAUUGGAUGGGUUGGAGUUUUUCUAUGGGGAGGAGAUAAUAGAUGAUAAGAUAAUAGGGACCAGUACUAGUUGUAGCCAAAGUACUAGCUGGGGUCUUGAAACUUGCAAUCCUAUGUAUCAUUCACUUCCUUUGAAUUUCCAAGGUUAAUUAUAAUUAAGUUGUGAUGCAAAGAGACUCCACAAGAACUAAUGUUCUUACAAGAGCUUAAUCAGUUACCCCGGGGGUAAUAAAUUCUUGUACAUUAUUGUUGAUUGCUGUUGCUAUAGCCAUCUAUGCAUGGCAAAAGGAUGCUCUUGAAGUUGAUUAUUAAAGGCAAUACAAUUGUGAUAUUAGAUUUAUUUAUAA